UGGUGUAGUAUGAAGCUUCUACAUUUUGUAUUUCCUUCACGCCAUGCAGCAAACUUUACUUUAAUUUUUUUACGAUUAAUUUCAAUUAAUUAAAUACCAUGAAUAAUGAAGAAAAAAUAUUCAAGAUAUUUACAUACAUGUAUGUACAUACUUAGCAGCAUGAACUUUGAGUUAAUUAAAAUCAAUAAAGGUAUAAAGUUGAAAUAGCGCUCAG